AUGAACAAUCGACGUCGAACAGAUAAAUGCGCCGCGCAACCUCCCUCCUUCCCACGUGUGGCCUCCCGAAGACUGGCCAAGAAAGCACCAGAUUGCAGCCCUGCGGCCACAACAGCUCCGGCCUCCGGCCUCUAAAUACGCGCUCGACCGGUCCGACAAUAUCCACCGCCGACCUCAGUAUAGCGACUUCCCGGACGCCGCUGCAGUGGCUGAGCCUUGUGGGGGUCAUCUGGCUACAACUAGCCAAUAGAGCGAGCUCCAACUUCCCCGACUACUCCUCCAACCUCAAGCAGGUUCUCUACAUCUCCCAGGUGCAGCUCAACGCUCUCGCCUUCGCUUCGGACUCCGGGAAGCUGCUCGCCUGGGUCUCAGGCGUGGCGGUGGCCUACCUCCCUCUGUGGGCGGUGCUCCUCGUCGGAGCGGCUCUUGGCUGGUGGGGUACGGGGUGCAGUUCCUCCUCGUCGGCGAUGCCUUCGCCUCCGCGUCGUACUGGCAGGUGUUCCUGCUAAGCGCCACGGCGGGUAACGCUGCCUGCUGGAUCAACACAGCCUGCUACGAAGUGUGCCUGAGGAACUUCAGGUCCAAGGCCAGAAUCGCCAUAGGGCUCUCCACGAGCUACUUCGGACUGAGCGCAGUGGCGUACACGGUCCUGGCCGACGCCUUUAUCCAGCCGCUCCCCCACCAGAAUGCGAAGGCGUACCUCCUCCUCAAUGCGGUGGCACCAGUGGCGACCACCUUGUUGGCCCUGCCCAUAGCGAGGUCGUCUUGUCGGAAGACAAGCCGCCGUCUGACGGAGAGUUCGUCUUCGUCAUAGCCAUGGCGAGCGGGGCGUGCGGUGUUUUCGGCAGCUUGUGGUCUAUGUCGACGUGGGUCAUGUGGAGCUUCGGGUGCCUUUGUCGGGGGAGCCUUGCAUGUCUUCCACGUCGUUUCGCAUAACGGCAUAAGCCUUACACGUCUCGAGGCACACCGCCUAGAGCUGUAACAGGUUGCUUAUUGCUUACGGUUAUUCCUUUUCUCCUUUAGUUGCUCCCUUAUUUAAAGAGGGCUGUAAGAGGUUUUCAAUGAGCAAGAUAGUCUUCCUUGUUCCUCCUGCUGGGUUUUUCCUGUGACUCAGAAGGUGAUCUCGCCGGCGACGUCUUAACUGCCGUCGUCUCUCCGGCGAGUUUCUAACAAGUGGUAUCAGAGCUCCCAGGUUGCGGGCCGGGACUCGAUCGCGGCAAGGUACAGCCGUUGGAAUCGAGAACGCGCAAUCGAGACGCGCUAUGGCAGGAGGAAAGGACGGAGUGGUCCAGAGGGUGA